UAACCCACUGUGCGGGAAUAGUUCUGUAGUAAUUAUGCGUCAUAACUAGCGUUCCCCAACCAGCAGCAACCGUGCGUAAUCCGUUGACCUACGAUGAUAUAUCAGCUGGUCUGAGAUAGCUGACCGAUAGCCACAGCCAUCUGACAUUGCCGGUCGGUCGGCCCUAGGUCUGUGCAAAACGCGAUCAACGUUCAAUAUCUGGCAAAAGCAGAUAAAAUGUAGCAUUGCUGGUAGGUUUCUGGUCAUUUUGUUUAGAGAUUUGCAACGGGUUCGGUAUAUCGAUCUGUGUGUAUUUUAACUACGGCGGAAGAAAGACAAUAAUGUGGUGGUACUUGCUGGUUCCGUAUAUCUGCGUGGGCGUUAGCAUUGUGGUGUCGUACAUUCAGUGGACCCGACGAAAAAUGUACAAAACUUUGGCGAGCAUGUCCUGUCCGAAGAAGUGGCCGUUCAUUGGACAUGCCCAUAAGUUUUUCAAUACGACGCCAGAAUCCAUCGCCGAUGGGCUCAAGUAUUUCGCCGAGUUCCCAUCACCGGUUUGCAUCCACUUGGGACCAUUCCCGCAGGUGGGUAUCUUCGAUGCCGAACAGGCUCGAAUCGUUCUGAACUCUCCGAACUGUCUCGAUAAAGCAUUCUUUUAUGAUUUCCUCCAAGUACCUGGAACGCUGAUUAGUGCCCCCGGUCACUUGUGGAAACCUCAACGUAAAGCUCUGAACUCAUCUCUAGGACCAGCUAUUCUGGGGAGCUUCGUUCCGAUCUUCAACAAAGCAAGUGCAACGUUGGUGGACUUGCUGGAAAAACACGUUGGGGAACCGGAACGCGAUUUCAGUCAUGAGAUUGCUAAGUGUUUUCUAGACCAAAUCUAUGUAACAGCUUUUGGUUGUGAUUUCUCAAUGCAGACAUCUCCCGAUGGAGAUAAAACCGUCAAUAUGAUGAACGACUACAUGCAUCUCUUGACAAAGAAAUUCUUCUCGUUUUGGUUGUAUCCAGAAUGCAUUGACCGCAUGACAGACGCCUGCCAGACUAGACAAGCUUUGCUCAAAGCUCAUCAUGAUAUAACCGAAAACAUUGUACGUCAGAAUAAAGUUCGUGAACGGAUAAACAUGGCAGACGAACAAUAUUUGGCGUCAGAAAAUUCGUACAAACAGCAAAACUUUAUCGAGUGUCUUGUGAAAUACAUUCGAACAUCGAUUCAUUCGACGCAGGAUGACAUCUAUUCCCACAUCGAUAUGACGCUUUUUGCUGGCAACGAUACAACGGCAAAGUCGCUCAACUACAUUUUACUCAUGAUGGCAAUGCAUCCCGACGUGCAAGAACGAUGCUAUCAAGAAGUCACGGAAAUCUGCCCUGAUGAAGCCGGGGUAAUUUCUGCAGAAAAUGCCACCAGUUUUACUUACCUGGAUAUGGUUUGUAAAGAAUCGAUGAGACUGUUCCCCGUUGUUCCUAUUAUGGCUCGUGCAGCGAACGCCGAUAUCAAACUUAGUGAUAACCACACAAUCCCAGCCAACUGCAACAUAAUCCUCGGCAUCUACCAGAUGCACAGGGAUCCAAAAGUGUGGGGACCCAAUGCCGACCGGUUCGAUCCGGAUAACUUUCUGCCGGAAAGGAUAGCAAAACGCCACCCGUAUGCGUAUCUUCCGUUCAGUGCCGGGCCACGAAACUGUAUGGGGCUGCGGUACGCUCGGCUAUCGAUGAAAAUCAUGGCGGCACACAUAUUGAGAAAAUACCGACUGAAAACUACGCUCACCCUCGACCAGGUGCGGGUGUCGUACGGAGUGAUGCUGAAUAUUGCCAACGGUGUUCUGCUGAGUUUGGAGAGUAGGUGACGGUGAUAACUCAACAACUUCAACCACCUUCAAC